AUGGACGCAUUACUUAUAUGCAGAAUAGUAGUUGUAAUGGUUCAAAAUACUUUCAUUUGGAUGAGGAUACCGCUUUCAGAACCCGAGUUGAUUGAAUCGGAUUCUAGACGUGGAAUUUAUCUCUUUUGUGUGCAGUUAACGGAUAACGGUAAACCACCGCUGCAAACAACAUCAUGGUUUUAUGUUAAAGUAACUGAUCCAGUUAUACCGCCUACUGUACACAACAUAUGGCCAGCUGAUUCAGCUAACGAUAUGGAAAUAACACAAAAGUUGAUGUUUUCCAAUAUGCAUAAUUCUACACAUACUCUUUGGUCUUCACACAUUUUAGACACAUUGAAAUCUGAUUCAAUACGUCUAGCCACCGAUAUGAACAUCAGCAAUAUUGUUAUUUCUUUACUGUUAGCAAUUUUUGCUAUAACUAUAGUUUGCACAUUAACUGCUUCAAUAUUAUGGGCCCGUUCUAAGCGCCGAUCUAAACGACUGAACGAGAAAAACGAUAAAACUGACUGUAGAGAUAAAAAUCGAAUCAUCAGUUAUAAUGCUACUAGUAAAACUACACAUAAAUGUAGACUACUAAAAAAAAGUCUUAAAAUAACUAGCAGUAGUAACAGCAAAUGUAGUAAAGAUAUAAAUACCACCCAGGAGUUGAUCAAACUCGAGAAUCGGGGACCACACUUCUGCAUCAGUAAUGCUGGUAUAGGCGGUCAAAUUAAAGAUAAGAACAGGUACUUUGGAAGUUGCAGUAGUCUUUAUAGUAAUAAAAGUAGUAACGAUGUAAAUUGUAAUACUGAACUUGGUAGUCCUAGUAAGAAAUUAACUGCUAAUAUUCAUGUUGUAAAUAACCCCAACACUGAGGAUGUUAAUAAUAAUAGUAAUAUUCUUACCCAUGUAAAUAGUACACAGUCACCCAGAUAUCAUAAAUCAAAAAAACAGAAAUGUUUACAUGAGAAAAGUGUGCCUGUAAAACAUCAUUCAAAAACUUUAUUUCAAAGAAACAAGCCAUUAAGAAUAAGUAUCGAUAACAAUUAUGUUGCGCUGAAUAAACUUUCGCAUUCUUCCGUCCACUGUGAACAACAGCUGAAACACUCAUCACAAGAACAUACGCCACUGACAGAAAAUAAAAUGCAUGCUGCUUCAGAAUCCUCCUACCUUCUCCCCUGUGAUCUAAUUUCAGUUUGCACUAAACAUGGUCAAACUGGUGAUAAUGGUAGGCUUCAUAAUUGUGACAACACUGUUACACUUACUAACAGUUCAUUGGUGAAUACACAGCCAACAACCUCACAAAUAAAAUACUUGGAACCUUAUUUACACAAUCAUCCCAACUAUCCACAGAUUACACAAUCAAAAACCCAUGUGACACCAUCUUGCCAGCAACAGGAACAACAAUACCCAUUACAAUGUGCAGCACACUACGUACCAAUUGAUAUAAAUAACUCAGCAUAUUCACCAACGCAAAAGAAAGUAGACUGUUCAACUAACAUAUUCUCAGAGGGUAUGAUAACAUGCUGUCAAACUAUUCCAAUCGUCAGUACACUUUCCAGAGGAUGUCCAACUCAUGGUCCACACUUAAUUCUACACCAUGAUGAGCACAAUAACUUUUCAAACUCAACACGUAUAUAUGCUGUCAGUUCAGUGCUUGAUUCAUUUGGAGAUUUAACAACGACAAUUACUACAGCACCUACAUCCACUGGUGCUACUUCCACGACAAAAAUAUUAACUGAUCAAAUACAAACCACCUACGAACUAAGAUUAGAACCAGUUUCAUCCGAUAUCACGCUGACAGCAACAACAACAACAGAUCAUGAAGGAGAAGAUGGAGAUGAUGAACAGUUGAGAGGUGCGAAAACCAUUUCAUGGAUUCCUGUUUCAAUACUCACUGAUAAUAUUUCUUCAUCCAUUCACCAACCGGAUUUUAUGUGUCAUGAAAAUAAUUAA